GCCCCGGCUUUGACGGUGCUGCCCCGGGGCUGCCAGGAUCCUGGGGCGGCCGGAGAGGGGACUCGCGCUGGUUCCCAGUGACCUGACUGCAGAGGAGCGGCAGGAGCUGGAGAACAUCCGGCGGAGGAAGCAGGAGCUGCUGGCUGACAUCCAGAGGCUGAAGGAUGAGAUAGCAGAAGUAGCUAAUGAAAUUGAAAACCGUAGGGUCCGACAGAAGAGAGGAAAAACAUGCAGAGGAACAAACAGGUAGCCAUGGGCAGGAAAAAAUUCAACAUGGAUCCUAAGAAGGGCAUCCAGUUCCUGAUAGAGAAUGGUCUGCUGAAGAACACCUGUGAGGACAUCGCCCAGUUCUUGUAUAAAGGCGAGGGGCUCAACAAGACAGCCAUCGGAGACUACCUGGGGGAGAGAGAUGAGUUUAAUAUCCAGGUUCUCCACGCGUUUGUGGAGUUACAUGAGUUCACUGACCUCAACCUCGUCCAGGCCCUACGGCAGUUUCUGUGGAGCUUCCGGCUGCCGGGUGAGGCCCAGAAGAUCGACCGGAUGAUGGAGGCCUUUGCCCAGCGCUACUGCCAGUGCAACAAUGGAGUGUUCCAGUCCACAGACACUUGCUACGUCCUCUCAUUUGCCAUCAUCAUGCUGAACACCAGCCUGCAUAACCCCAACGUCAAGGACAAACCCACCGUGGAGCGGUUCAUCGCCAUGAACCGGGGCAUCAAUGACGGGGGGGACCUGCCCGAGGAGCUGCUCCGGAAUCUGUAUGAGAGCAUAAAAAAUGAGCCCUUUAAAAUCCCAGAAGAUGAUGGGAAUGACCUCACUCACACUUUCUUCAAUCCAGACCGAGAAGGCUGGCUGUUGAAGCUCGCAGGCGGCAGGGUAAAGACCUGGAAACGACGCUGGUUCAUUCUGACCGACAACUGCCUUUACUACUUUGAAUACACGACGGAUAAGGAGCCACGCGGAAUCAUCCCUUUAGAGAAUCUGAGUAUCCGGGAGGUGGAGGACUCCAAGAAGCCAAACUGCUUUGAGCUCUACAUCCCAGACAAUAAAGACCAAGUGAUCAAGGCCUGCAAGACAGAGGCCGACGGGCGUGUGGUGGAGGGGAACCACACGGUGUACCGCAUCUCGGCCCCGACCCCCGAGGAGAAGGAGGAGUGGAUCAAGUGCAUCAGGGCGGCCAUCAGCAGGGACCCUUUCUACGAGAUGCUUGCUGCGCGGAAGAAGAAGGUCUCGUCCACAAAGAGACACUGAGCCUGUGCAGCACACGGAGCCGGUGUGCCCGGCCUGGGGCCCGGCGCGGAGGCCCUGUCCUCCACGCCUCCCACACGUCGGGGGCGGCUGCUGAGCGUGGGCAGCUUGCCAGGCAUCGCCCUGAAUUCCUAGAGACUAGCUUCAGCUUCUGCUAGCUGUUUAAGUGGGAGAUUGGUGGGCAGUUACCGCUGGAAGAGAGACUCGAUGCCUGUCGCGCGGGGGUUUUGAGCCUUUCUCUCUAACGGGAACAGGGCUCCCGCUGGCCCACAGCCCCCCAGUCUCUCCUUGAGCAGGUCUGAUAGCAGAGCUUGGAGCCGACCAUUUACCUCUCGGUUAUUUCCUGGGAAGAAGCCUUGAACCCUGCACCAUAAAUACGUGUAUCCGUAUCUUAUUACAUGUUAAGGAAAAAAGUGGAAUGGAAGAGAAGCCACGUACUAUAAAGAUAUAUUUUUGUUUUUUAAAAAAAGAAAAAGAUAAAGUAGAGCUGUCCAGCUGUGUUCUGCCCGGUCCGCUUUGAGGACCUCCUCCCUGGAGAAGGAGCUCCCUGGGGCCCCCGAGGGCGGGGGCAGGGCAGGCCCGCCUCCCCACGCUUGUGGGGACCAGUGGGGGCUGGUGGGGUCUGGCGGAGGUGGGAACUCGUCUGGGGGGCAGGGGGUGGCGAGAGGGUGGAGGAAGCAGUCUGGCCUGCAGGGCGGCGCCCCACUUCUCCCUCCCACGUGCCUGGGGAGCACUGCGGGGAGGGGUGCCGGCUGGACGCUGCCCAUUUGCUCUUGCGGAACUCAGUCUCCUUGGGCUUUACAGUAGGGAGAUAGCAUCUUCCCUUGAGCUUCGCACCUAAUAACCAAAACUGUGAGGAAGGUAAUCCCAGCAGAGGUCCCGGGAUGACCUGUCUCUCAUCUGGUUUUCCUUCUUCCUCCCCCCAACUCCAUUCCUCGUUUUAGAGGAGGGAGCAGGUCUUACCCGGUCACCUUAGGACUUCAGCUUUUUCUGCCUCAGCACUGGCCCUCACCUGGACCCUCCUGCGCAUCUCCGGGUGGGCCCUCUGGAGGGGAGGGUGCCUUUACCAGCGCAGGGCGGGCGGGGCCGGAGGUGGGAAGGCCGGCCUCCUGACAGCGGUGAUGGAGCGCUCUCCUCCGUUCUCUCAGGGACUCGUCCAGGGCCGGCGGGGCAGGUGGCUCCCCUACAUCGCCCAGGACCGGGCAGUGCAGAGCCCCGCGUCGCCGAGCAGCCUGACCCCAGUUCCUCCGACACCUUCAGGCGAGCUCGCAUCUCUGGAAAUAGCUUUUGUGAGGGGAGUGGUGGGAGCAGCAUUGGGGCGGCCUCCUGGGGUUCCCCCUUCCUGUAGGUCCGACCUGGAAUGACUGGGCUUUUUCAUGCCGGGGCUGGUGAAGGUGACGGAAGAGGGUCCAGGCUGGGAACUUGAACUUCCCGGGCAGGAGAACCAGGGCUGGGCAGCAGAAGUCAGGGCCUGGGUGGGGCUGAUGCUGGCGCCCCGGUGGCACGCGGGUCCCAGCGCUGGUUCUCACGGACGUUCCUGAGACAGAUGGGCUCCUGGACCAGUGUUAGCCUAUUUAUCAGAGCUGUAAAUAGUCCGUGUAUAGUUUUUCUCUUUUCAGAUUAUUUUGUAUUUGUUUAAAAUAAAAGUUUUCUCAAAAUAUAAAGAAACAACUGGAAGUUGUUGACAGGGUUUUUAAAAAAUUAUAAUUAUUAUUCCACUUGUUUUUUGUUCGGUUGGUUUUUGGGGUUUUUUUGUUUGUUUUUUGCAUUGUAAACGAGCGCCAAGGAACCGCAACAAAUAAACUCCAAAUCUGCCCAAA